CUUGUGCGGGCUUUCCGGCAGACGUAGGUUACAAAAAGGUGCGGGUUUCUACAAAGACACACGGAGGGAAACGGUCCUUUGCGGAAGAUGUGAAAGUCGAGACCUUCUCAGGAAAGCAUGAGAGAGAAGAGAGGUCACAGCAUGGUGAAAGAUCUCUCUGGGUUGUAUGAUGGACGGACUGGGAAAGGAGAGAUCCAUGUGCAACGCUGCUAACUACCCAUGGCUCAAUCACCCCAAAACAGAGGCCUCAACCCUGCUAUGGAAACUCAAAGACUGCUUCUCCACCGCUGAGACCACCGCUCCUCAUCACACGGAUAAAGAAAACAAUUACAUGGAGAGCAGAAAGGUUAUCCUGGAAUUGAAAGAUGUCCCUCCUCCCCCACACCAUCCUCCCUCCUCCCAAUCAUCCCAGCCUUUCCCUAUGGCCCCUCUCCCUCCCCCUUUGCCUUAUCCCUGCUUGCCCCAUCAACCUCAGCUCACGCAUGGCUCCCACCAACAGCAGCCAACACAGCAUCAACAAGAGGGGGGUAGCCCCAAAGUAAGCAACUGCUCUCACUGUGUCUAUUGCAGCACUGACAGCAAAGGGUUAUUAGAUGGUGGAGGUUUUGUUGGUAACAGUAGCAGCAUUGCUAGAGCUGUCUCACUGUAUAUUGCCCCAAGCUCUUUGGGAGCAACCAUCAGCAACAGCAGUAUCAGCACAUCUGGGUCUUGCUGUGUAUCCUCAUCUGUUCAUCAGUAUCAAAAUAACCUGCGUUUCGGAAGUGGAGUUAAAGCGCUCAAUCCUUUGCUCAGUCUUGGUUGCAAACCUCAGAUUCCCUCCUCUGUCGCUACCUCCCAGCCUGUUUCAUCACACCCCUACCUCCCAUGUUGUUCAGGGCUUCUCCACACCUACCCAGCUCUACCUCUAUCAUGCAGUCAACCCAGGUUAUUUCCAUCAUCUGCUCCUUUGGCUUCCUCUCUUCCCUCUGUUUCCUCUCUAUCUGCACCAUUGCAUGGCUCUUGCCUGGCCUCUUCUGGCUACUACACCUGUGGUGUGGACUGUAGCCCAUCAGCCAGAAGAUCACAGAGAAGCACGCUCGGUGACCACCCUACCCCCACCACCAUUACUACUACAACCACCUCAGCACACUUCUGCUCUAAUCCUAUGCACCUAAAUGUAGAACGCACGGUUUGUGUGAAGGGAGCGCACUGCUGUCAGGAGUUCUUGUUGAAGCCAAUGAAUGGCCUGACAUCACAGUCCGACAAAGUCUGGCCCAAUGUUCCUGCGCCCCAGACCGCUCCGAUCCCUAUCCCCCUUUGCAAUGGCUGUGGCACCUCCUCUGAUGGAUUGAUGCACAUGUCAUCGACCAGCCUUGCCAAGAUUGGCCAGAAAUAUGGUUCACCAGAGAACAGUGGUCCUGAGAACUUCCCUCCAGUUGGUGUCUUCUGGGAUAUUGAGAACUGCAGUGUUCCCAGUGGUCGCUCUGCUGGAGCCGUGGUCCAGCGUAUUCGCAGCCGUUUCUUCCAGGGUCAUCGUGAGGCGGAAUUCAUUUGCGUCUGUGAUAUCAGCAAGGAGUGUAAAGCUGUCAUCCAAGAGCUCAACAACUGCCAGGUUACUGUCGCACAUAUCAACGCCACAGCCAAGAAUGCUGCGGAUGACAAACUUCGCCAGAGCCUACGACGCUUUGCUGAGACCCACACUGCACCUGCAACUGUUGUACUAGUAUCCUCGGAUGUGAACUUUGCAAGUGAGCUGAGUGACCUACGUCAUCGCCAUGGUUUCCAGGUAAUCCUGGUCCAUGGCAGCCAUACAUCUUCAGCUCUUCUGCAGCAUGCCCACCGUCAAGUGACCUUUCAGGAGAUCACGGCUGAUUUGCCCCCCCGAAUGCUUGUCAAAGCACAGCCCAGUUUCAACCUCCUGUAUGUGCACAACCUCCCCGUCAUCUGUGAAAAGAGCCUGUGGAACGCGGUAAAGCUCAGGCUCCGCCGCCUGUCUGACAACUGUGGUGGCAAGGUGCUGGGCAUGUCCCAGGGCACAGCAGUACUCCGUUUUGGCAGCCCAGAGGCAGCUGCACGCGCCCGCAAGAGAAUGGAAAAUGAGGAUGUGUUUGGCUGCCGAAUCAGCCUCUCCCAUUCCCCACGACCCAGAGAUGAUGCAAGUCCUGAGCCUGAGUUUCAGUCUCAGCCCCCUCAAUUCCCUCGGGAUCUCCCACAGCCCUAUCAAACCCAGGAUUCAAUGUCUGGCCCUCCCCCAUCCAUAUCCUCCUUCUCCUUUCUACCCCUGGAGAAGCCGAGGUCACCCAGGAGGCCACGGCGAGCGACCCGCCAAAGCCGCUCUCCUGGCCCAUUGCCUGAAAGGCCCUACAGCCCCAGGAGGGGUUGCAGUGGGCCUCCCGGUGGUGCUCCAGCCAAGCCCCAUCAGGAGCCUGGCAGUUUGGAGGGCAAGUCCAGAAUGGGCUUUCACCAACUGGAAAAAGGGCGCAUUGCUUCCUCUUCCCUUCAUUGCAAUGGAGAGACAGGGACCCUGGAGCAGCUGUCCAAACCUGGCCUCACUGCAGAAUCCAUGUACAGGAGGAGAAGGGAGGGCUCUAAUCCCCGCACUGUGACUGAAUCCCCGGUCGAACAAGGCGAGAGGAGCUCGGGGGAAUUCCAAAUCAGCACUCCCUCUGCCUUCAGCAAGCUGAGUCUGCACAGGAGCUUCAGUCCUCUUGCCCUCUCCCAGGGCUCCUGGUCCUCCAGGAGUGCGUCCCCAUGCCUGUCCAGCCGCUCAUCACCUAUUCUUGCAACCCCUCGCACCCCGUGUCUUGAAGGUCCAUCUGAGCCAUUUUCAGAGGGAGCAGAGGUCCAGGUGGGCAACCUGGACUACAGAAUGUCCCGCAAAGACCUGCAGCAGACACUGCAUGACACCUUCUCCCGAUAUGGACGGGUGAAAGCUGUGGAGCUUAGCCCUCACACCGAUUAUCAGCUGAAGGCCACAGUUCAGAUGCUGUCCCUGCAGCAGGCCAUCAGCGCCGUCAGUGGCCUACACCGUUACAAGAUCGGAGGCAAGCGCAUUCAGGUGUCUCUGAUCACUGGUGGCAGCAGCAAAUCUCUUGCAAUGCACAGCUCAGAGAUUAUCAACAUUCUUCAGGAUGCCCCUGCCAAUUGUCUCCCCCUCUUCAAGUUCUCUGAGAUCUAUGAGAAAAAAUAUUCCCGUAAACUAGUGGUUGGGGAUUUGUACAGACUACCAGAGGUGGUGGCGGUGCGGGAACAGGGAGGCUCGAGACUUGUGUGCCUUCUGCCCAACAGCCAAAUCCGUCAGAGUCCACUGGGGUCUUCCCAGUCCCAGGAGGGCUCCUCUUCUACUAGUGGAAGCCCUGUGGUGUUCGAGGAGCUUGAGUACCAUGAACCUGUCUGCCGACAACACUAUGUACAGCAGAACUUCAGUGAGGCUGACUUUGACCCUGACUCCUAUAAAAUCCCAUUUGUUGUGAUGUCUCUGAACACUUUGGCCUCUGAGGUCCACAGUCUGUUGCAGUCACACGAGGGAACCCUUCCAUUGCUCAGUUUUCCAGACUGUUAUGCAGAAAAAUUUUGCCCACUGCAACUGGGCAGUGAGACACUGGAGGGUGGUGUAUCCCUGGAGCAUCUCAUUACCUGUGUCCCCAGUAUUACAAUAGUCACAGCUCAAAAUGGCUUCAAAGUCAUCAAGUGGAUCCACAACAAGCCCCCAGCACCAAACUCAGAGCAAUGGAUUCAGCGCUGUAAAAGUCCAGUUGGCAACCCUCAGCUCAUCCAAUUCAGCCGAGAGAUAAUUGACCUGUUGAAGAGCCAGCCUUCGUGUAUCAUGCCCAUUAGCAAGUUUAUACCCUCAUACCACCAUCACUUUGCCAAGCAGUGCCGCGUCUCUGACUACGGCUACUCCAAACUGCUGGAGCUGCUGGAGGCUAUACCACACGUUUUGCAGAUCUUGGGCAUGGGUACCAAGCGUUUGCUGACCCUGACCCAUCGUGCUCAAGUGAAGCGCUUCACCCAGGACCUCCUCAAACUGCUCAAAUUUCAAGCCAGCAAACAAGUGGCAAUCAAGGACUUCAUGCAGGCAUACCAUUGGUGCUUCUCCAGAGACUGGAGCGUUAUCGACUAUGGCAUAUGUGACCUGAUGGACCUGCUGGCUGAGAUCCCGGAAACCACCAUCACAAUAACACAACAGGCCACAGAAACAGUCAUCUCUGUUCCCAAAAGAGAGCGAACCACGGAGGAGAUGGAGCGCACCAAGCAGUUUGCGAAGGAGGUGGUGGACCUGCUUCGUCACCAGCCUCACUACCGGAUGCCCUUCAGCAAGUUUAUCCCCACAUAUCACCACCACUUUGGACGUCAGUGCAAGCUCAGCUACUACGGCUUCACUAAGCUCAUAGAACUCUUUGAGGCAAUCCCAGACGUACUGAUGGUGUUGGAGUGUGGUGAGGAGAAAGUGUUGACUCUGACCGAGGUGGAGCGUAUCAAGGCCUUGGCGGCUCAGCUAGUCAAGCUGCUGCGUGCUCAGAAGAACUCGAGCCUUCCCGUCAGCCAGCUGCUCACAGAGUACAGCAAGACCUUUGGUUACGGCCUGCGCCUGCAGGACUACGACGCCAGCUCCCUGCUGGCUCUGCUGACCAAACUGUGCCAUGUUGUCAAGGUGGUGGAUGGCUCAGAGGGUCGUGAGGUGCAGUUGAUCAACAGGAAGUCUCUGCGCUCGCUGACAUCCCAACUACUGGCCCUGCUCAUGUCUCAAGAAGAGCAGCAAGUCACCAUGGGUGUGCAGGUGGAAGAGCUCAGCCUACAUUACCUGACUGUCCAUGGAGCACCACUUAACCCAUGUGAAUAUGGAUUCCUCUCCCUCAGCGAGUUACUCAAGAGUUUGCCCUACCUCGUGGAGCUUUACCAUGAAGAAACUGAUGAAAACAGUAACGCUGGGAGCACUGCCACUGGUCAUGGUGAGGAGUGGGUGAGGCUGACCAGGCUCUAUCAGUUUGCCCGUAACAUCCGAGGGCUGCUCCACACGUACCAUUACAACCAGAUCUUCCUCAACGAGUUCCAGGGAGCUUAUAACAAAUUUACAGGCUGCAGCCUUGAACCACGUUACUAUGGAUACGCCAACACCGAUGAGCUGCUCAGUGCCAUUCCACAGGUGAUCUGGAUCAAAGGGCACGGUCACAAGAGGAUUAUCGUUUUGAAGAACGAUAUGAAAGAUAAAGCUAAGACGAGCUCGUCAGUCCCCAGCAGCCCUCAGCCAGACAUGAACAGAGAAAGCCCAAGAGACGACACCUUUAGCAACACAGUGUCUGGAGCCCAGAGUCCAGGUGGCGAUGUUGCUGCAGAGUCAGAGCUGCUGUGUCUGACCUCCCCGAUGGACCUGCUGUGUGGUCCUGUACCAUCCUGUUUACCAUCACCUCAGCUUCACCCCGACCCGGUUCUCCUCCAGCAGGCAGACCUGAUUCACUUUGAAGAGAGAACUCCACCACUAGCAGAGGGCGACGAACUCGAGGCUGCAGCAGGCGCUGGCAGCACAUCCGCUCCACGUGUGGAGUGUGGCAGUGCAGAAGAGUCUGCCGUCAACAAACCUCCAAAAGCCCCCAACAUGAAGAGCCCCUUGAGCAUUGACAGUCCCAGCAGAAGAGCUUCACGCAGCAGAAUCAAGCUAGCUGCCAACUUCUCCUUCACAGCAGGCCUCUAAUCCUGUCACACUAACACAUCCAGUCCCACACAGACAAAGCAAUACUAGUUCACACAUAGUGUAACUCUAAAUGGAUGAGUUGACCGGCUACACUAAGCGCACUGACCCCAGCAGAGCAUUUGUAGUAUUAUCCCCUCUACAGACAGGCUGUUGUAUUCUUCCUUCUUCAUUACUCGUUCUUUGUUCCAUCUUUGUUAUCCCAGUGACGCUCAUCAAGCUGUGAGUUUACGUUUUGCAGAUUUUCUGCAUUCUUUUAUUUGCCAAAUUCAUUGACCAUGACUGUUUAAAUCUCAUGGGAAGUUAAUGUACAUCUUCAGUUUGGAGCCACGUAGUGUGAAAACACUUGCUGGCUUACAGACAAUGACUGAAGCUGAGUAAGUUGUCACUGUUUAGAGAAGUUGUUAACAAUGGUAGAAAUGCUUGGUAUGAGUAACCCAUUUUUCUCUGUUUAAUCCCAAAAAGUUUAGUUACCCUCAUUCUCACUCCGUUUUGAAAAACCUGAGAAAUACCUGAAGGUUUGCAGGGAUGCAUAGUUCAUGAGAAACCUUCAAAAUUGCGUCCUAGCUGAAUCCUCCAAAGCAGAACUUUACAUUUAUAACAUUCACUCAUUUUUGAACUAAUUUCGAAGUUUGGAGAUUUACUUUGUAGGUCACCCCAGACAUGUCAAUCAAACUGGCUGCUGUGCCUGUCUCAUUCUUUCAGUCUUUUCGAGAGCAAACCAUUCUCUCUACUUGGCUCAGUAGGUAGCUUCUCUUUGAGUAUAUUCUCAGCUUGUUUCUCUGUUGUAAAGUAGCCUCAGGACAGUAUGUUCAGUUCCUUUUUAUAUUAUGCAGAGUAUUUAGGAGACGGUUUGGCCUGAUUGUUGAACUGCUCAGAAAGUGUCUUAUUUAAAGAAAGCUCAGUCUCUGAACAGUUUGGUUCUAAGGGUUUUCAUAAAUACUGUGACAAUCGCUGCUCUCAGGAAUAUUUCUUGUAGAAUAUCAACUUAAUUUCUAGCAAAGAUUCUGGCUCGUCUCUCCGAGACCACUUAGGAAGACCUGACGGAGAAUAGGUGCCUCUUUAAUACUCCAGCCAGGUGUGUGCGUAGGCAGCAGCAACUGACAUAUUCUUUGUUUGUCUGCAGCCAGUGUGUUUGUGUUCUCUUAGCUAUAUUUCGUCUGUGAGGGGUUUGCACCGGAGUAGGUGGUGUGUAAUGUGCAUGUUGUGCAUAAAUUAAUUUAUGCAUGGUGUAAGCCCAGGAGCAGAUGAUACCCCAACUUUCUUUAAGAUCAGUCUUUUAUUUCCACCCUGUUUUAAGGAUCUUGGAGUUGGCGCCAUCGCUGCAGUUGCCACAGAAACGAUCAAGGUUUUUAAGACAACCUUGUUGCUGGCAGGCAGCGAAUCAGCGGUGGCGUCCACACCGUCUUGAGUUGAUGCGUUGUAGAGGAGCAGCGAGCACUCCUUAGUAUUUGAUUUUUAAUGACAAGGUGAACGGUUGUGAGGUUUUAGGGAGAGGAGAUGGGAGAGCGAGGCGAUGGGCUGUUUGUGGAGCAGCAUGGCGACUCCGAGGAGCCUCCUGAACAGACUGUGUUGUACACAGAGGACCCCCUGCGGCUCUCUGGAAUCUGCCGGGCUUUUACAAUGGCUUGUAUUUGCCACGGUGCCAAAGGAAUCGCCGUCGUUCCCCUGCCUCACGUCCCACAUAGAGUUUUUACUGACUGAUGUGUGUUGGUUUACUCAGUUUACCUCUUGUCUCAAGUGUUUACAAGACUGCUGGCUGCUGAAGUGCCACCAACUAUUGUCGGCUGUCAAUAAGUUUAGCAUGACCCAGGCGCCGCUGUUGAAAGAAUGGGUAAGAGCCCAUUCAAUCAACUCCCGUGCAGUUUCAGUGUUUAGCAGGGUUUUCUUUGUCAGAUUUGACUUGAUUUUGACUUGGCGUGCUAAGUGCUUAAUGCUGAGGGAUCUCACCUGCCAACCCACUGAAAUGUCUGAAGCACCAAUUGGAAAGUUUUUAAAUAUUACUGCUAAGGCUCGUCUCUCCUACGCUGUUUUACUGACUGUCUGGAACCCUCUAAUAAAAAAGUGAGCAGAUCAGAAUAAUUUAUAAUUGCUAAUGAUAGAAAAUGGCAAACUGCUCAUAGGAAAUAUCUAGAUUUAAAUUUUGGCCUUAUGAAUGUGUAUUUGGGUAAACCAUAGCAUUCCUCAUUGUACCACGGUGACAACUAACUCAGCUGUAUAUUUGAUCUUCUCUAUUGAGGCCUUCUCUUGUUGCUUGGUUACAUCAGUGAGAAGCUAUUGUAUCUUUCCAAAUAUGCACUUCUGCAUAGUUUUGGUUCAUGAAAUACACAAGUGAAAUGUUUUUGUGUUGGAGAGGGGUUGGAAAGUAUUUGUACUGUUUAUUCUUGGAUACAACUGUCUCACAAAGCUGCUUAUUCAGGUAACACAUUUCAUGACAGUUCUCUUCUGCGGUUUACUGUGAAAAUAUCAUUUUAAGGAACUUUCUUCAGUCAUCACCGCAGUGUUCGUGAAAGUCGUUUUUAUGUUUAUGUUUACCUGCUGGACAGUUCUCUCUCCAUUCACUCACUGAUUUAUAGGCUCACUGCAUCAGAAGUCGCUGUAACAGCCUAUCAGUGAAGGGACCAAAAAGAUUUACGUUAAUAAAUUUCACAAGCAUCA